UUUGCUUUUAGACUAAACAUCAAAGUGCGGUUCUGCUUUUGAAGAAAGACCAUGAAUGACUUUGUGAUGUGAAUUGUGAACCUUUAUUAAUGGAAAGUUUAACUUACACUUAAGUCUUACACUUUCUGAGAAGAUGCAGCGUCACUGACAUAUUAAGGUGUUAGUUUGAGGUUUAGGCAGUAAAAUCUGUGGUUGUACUUCCGCUUGUCAGUUACAUAAAGUAUAAUGUGUACAAAUCCAGAUGAUGUGCAUGCUCACUGAACUUCUUUGUUAUAAUAUGGAGCAAAUGAAGCUGAAGCUAUUUACCCCUCUGUCUACAGAGGCUAUUUAUUGCAUGCUAUUUUUCACACAUCUAGCUUGUAAAACUUAGUUAUAUAUAUCUAUAUAUAAAAGCUACGUCUACGCAGGUCAUUUUAGUGCAGUCUAAAUGGGGUUAUUUUUGUAUUCACGUGCUUGCUUGCUAUUUACUUUUCAGUGUCCUACUAUAGCACGCCUGCACAGGAACUUCCUUUUUUGAAGUGCCAAUACUUUGAUGUUGAGAUAGUCAGAGAAGUAUUAAAGUGGGCAUCACUGUCCUCCAGUCUUCAGUAUAUGAGGUGGCAUAUGUGCGCUGCAUUAGUGUUUAUUUCUUUUAUUGAUAUGGAUCAAUGGAGGCUGUGCUUUAUCCUGCUCCUGCCGCUUUCUGGGUGUUUUGAAAGUAAAGGUAAUGUUUUCUAUUUACAAAUUUGCAGCCCAUCUUUAAUUCACAUCGAGCACAAUUAUCUGUAAUUUUCACUAUUGGGUUUGUUAACCCAGACUAUAUUGCACAAUACAUAAACUCUUAAUUGAUUGUUUGCAGUGACUAUUAUGAAGACUAUUGGGAGAGAAGACCAAACUCCAGCAUGCACCUGUGCAACACUGAAUAUUAAACUGAUUGCAUGUACGAUCAGCACAGAAAGGAGCCGAGGAGAAGAGUGUCUCCUGAAGUAUGAGACCAGAGAGGACUUUUUUCAUGGCUGUGACCCCAGGUUCACACUGAUAAAAAGAAAUCAGACUGUGUUUCUGCACCUGAACAAUUUAACAUCAGAGGACAGCGGGAACUACACCUGUGAGUCUACAACUGCUGAUGGAGCAUUUGUUCUGCAUCUCAUUGUUACCGUGAAAGGUCUUGAUGCAUUCUCAAGGAAGGUGAACGUGGAAGGUGAACACAAGCACAAAGACGACGUCCAGAAUGGUGGCGGCAGCUUAAAGAGAAUUGUAAUUUUACUCUCCUCAGUUGGUGCAGCCACAGUCUUCAUUGUAACUCCAUUUUUUUUGGGAGUUAUCUACUGUAUUAAACGUCACAGGUCAGAGACACCGGGAUUAUAUAUACAUGAAACGCCGCGCAUUUUGGAUGAUGUUGAUCUCGAAUAUUCCUACAAAAACCUUCAACUGCCAGGACAUGAUGAUAUCGAUCAAACUGUCGUCUCGUGAGAACCACAGAAACAGUUGACUUGGAUGAUCAGAAAACUGAUCUGAAUCAUGAACACUAUGAAAACAUGUAAACCAAAAGUGAGUCUAAUAUCAAAUAUCAACAAAUACAGUGGCCUUGAGUCUGUUCCUUUAUUUACCUUUUUCAGUCAAAGUUUUGGUAUUAAAUGAAAUGUGUUAAUCAUCCACUGUGUUACUAUUGAGAAAGAAAAUAAAUGACUGCAUCGAUUUGAAUACAUAGAAAGUAUUGUUGUCUCCUAUUUUUAGAACUGAGAGUAAUGUUUGUUAAACAUCAAUGUGUAACUGGCUUAUAUUUUACUCAUGGAAGUUUCACUUGAGCAAAGUUAAGUAACAUUACACAAAGAGUUUUUGUUUCCUACUAAGUUAUAACGCUGUGAUGCAAAAAUUGCACACUGCUUUUUAUUAUGUGCAAUGCAGUGAGCUGCACAGCAGAUGCUGUUCUCUAUUUCGAGAUCAAAUUCAGGCCUCCAAAUAUGAGAGAACCACAAACGCAAAUGGAUCAGCUUCAGCCCUUUACUUCAUCUCAGUAACUUGACAAUCACACAUGUUGUGUCAUUACACUGCUUGGCGAAACUUUGCACCUUUUAUUCAUGCCUCAUUACAAAGUGAUGCAAAGUAUCGCUGCAUUUAUCUGCAGAAUGGUGAUGCAACACAUUACUGUUCCGUGUACUGUAAGUUUGUUACCAUGCCUUUUCUUGCACAUUUGAGCAACAAUCAUUUGAUCUCAGUUCAUGGACACAAAAACAGGUCAUCCUAAAACUUAUAAGGCAUGCAGAUACAAAGCACAC